AUGGAAAGGAUUUGUCAUGCCUUAGGAGCUUUAAGCACAAAGUCAAUAACAUUGGCUAGUUUUCAUCUUGAGGAUGUAGCACAACAGUGCAUUAUAUCUUACAUGUGGGGUAAACCUAAUGAUGCCGGUCCGUUUGGUUGGAAGGAAUUUGAUAAAGCCUUUAUGGAUAGAUAUGCCUUAUACCUUGUAUCUACUGAAGAAAUGAAAGUGAAUUGGUUUGUGGCUAGAUUGUCUGAGUAUCUAUUUAGAGCUAUUGCUCCGCAAAGGUUUGAUUCCUAUUCUGAUGUAAUGGAUUAUGCUCGGUUAAUAGAGGGUCAUAGUAUGGAGGCUAGAACACUUCGUGAAGGUACUGGAAAGUCUAAGACUGAAGGGCAGAUUAGUCAAAGGAACUUUUGUUGA